UGACUUCCCACUUAUGCCUCCCCCGCGUAACGUCAAAAAAUUGAAGCCAAGACUUCCAAUUCUGGCUCUCCCUCUCCUGCUCCGCUUUCCCAUUUUCUUUUCUUCAUUAGACUCGUAUUAUCGGGUCCAAUGGGUUAGAAUAUAACUUAACAGACGUAACCCCCAAGCUUUGCUCACUCUCAUACAAGCAGAAAGUGCUAAGAAAGCGAGCAAAGUCGAGGUCAAGAUCCUAUACGAAGAAGAGCUUGAAGAACACUCCGUAGCCUAAAAGACAUAAGUCAAUUUCAAUCCAAUAAUGGACAUCAUCUUAAUUAGCUUCUCUUCCAUUUUCCAUAAAGUUUUUCUGUAGAGGCAACCUACCAGAGAAGAAAAUUAUAGCGAGCAGAAUCGAGGUGAAGAUCAAAGGCAAGGAAGAGCUUUAACGAUCCAUCGAAAUCACGCUUAAAUUUAUGCAAUCUUUAAUGGAAGUAGAAGUGAAGCUUAGCUUAAAACAUUCCACAGACCACCACCAAUUACUAACUCUUCUCUCUGCAUUCUACAUCAAAACUUUACACCAGCAUAAUCUCUUCUUCGAUACCCCAACUUCCUCACUCUCCUCUCAACAUGCCUUUUUGCGUCUCCAGUUUCUUGAUAAAGACACUCGUUGUUUUAUCUCUCUGAAAUGGAAGCCAACUUUGAUUAACGGAGUGAGUCGCGUGGAAGAAGAUGGGGAAGAAGUAGACCCGGUGAUGGCAAAAGAUUGUGUUGAGAACCCAUUGAAGUUGUUUGAUUUGGAAUCGAGGGUUGUGAAGAGAAUUAUAGAGGAGUUUGGGGUGGACAGUGAACUUGGGAUGCUGUGUUUGGGGGGUUUUGAGAAUGUGAGAGAAGUUUAUGCAUGGAGAGGAUUGAAAUUGGUGGUUGAUGAGACAAAGUACGAAUUUGGAACUAAAUAUGAGGUGGAGUGUGAGGAUAAGGAUCCUGAGAAGGUUAAAAGACUGCUUGAGGAGUAUUUGAAAGAAAAUGGGAUCGAAUAUGAUUAUUCUGAGAAGUCUAAAUUUGCUGUCUUUCGAGCUGGGAAUUCGAAGCUGCCUUAAUCAAUGAAUUUCUUAUUUAUUUUGUGUAUUUUGAUUAAUUCCCUAAAUGAUGCUAUACUUUCUUAGUUGUUUUUUUCAGUUUUUGCUUCAAUGGUUUUCUUGCUCUUGUUGAUGGAA